UACUAUUGACAAAGUUUGAGUAAAAGUAUUUUAAAGUUGCUUUUUUAAAAGGUGCGAUUUUUGUGACGCCGAGUGUAUUAUAUGUUAUACACUUGUACAAUCCAUUUAAAUAUCAUGUACCUAAUCGAAUAUCCACUACAUAUUAAAUUUUAGGGCAUACUAUGCUAAAUGAUCUGCAGUAUACACUGAAGUAUGAAACCUAUAAAGGUCUAUGGUAGCAUAUAGUCUGUAGCAGUGACUUGUAUUUUAAGUGCCGAAGUUGAAUGCAUUUUAAUUUUAUUCUUAGUUUGUUCAGUCAGAAGUGAUAUUAUUUGUUGAAAAUUUACUUCUAAACAAACUUUAAUAACGUUGAUAAAUAGAAGCAUUACAAUCAAUUGAAAAUGGAGCUAUCAGCGGAGGGAAAAACACCUGAAUACAUGGCAUUGGCCGGAAUCAAAUUCAAACUCAGUUUACCUGAAUUCAAAGAUAAUAUUCAGUUAAAGGAGCAGUUAUUGAAUGGAAUAAAGGCUGGACACAUGGCUCCUUAUUAUAAAGAGGUGUGCAAUGACCUUGGCUGGACUUUUGACCAGAAGUUGUAUGAUGACAUGACAAAAGAAAAUCAAGACAGGCUAUCUAAAUUUGAAGAAGACGACUCUGAAACACCCGUUUGGCAAGAUAGGCUUGAUUACUUGUGUUCAGUUGGAGACAAAGAAACAGCUACUGCAUUGGCAACAUCUAAAUAUGAAGAUUCAACAUUGACUACAAACAGGAGGCUCGAUGCUAUAUUUGCUUUGUUCAGAAUUGCUUAUUUCCAUGGAUGUAAUGUGAAGGAAAUGGGAAAAGCUAUCAAUAAGGCUCACGAGUUAGUUGAUAAAGGUGGAGAUUGGCGUUCAAGGAACAAGCUAAAAGCAUAUGAAGCUAUAUAUUGCCUUGCUGUUAGAGAUUACAGUCAUGCAGCUGAAUUAUUCAUUGACUGUGUGUCAACUUUUGAAUCUUAUGAACUGGUUGAUUUCGGUACAAUCAUCCAGUACUGUGUUCUCGCUUGUGCCUUGGCCCUUGAAAGGCAUGCUCUACAAUCUGCUCUACGCAGGCAAGGUGCUGCAGUACAAGCUCUACGCUCUCGUUUCCCAGAGCUAAGAGAGCUAGUUGAAUCUCUGCAUGAGUGUAGAUAUGCUGAUUUCUUGAAAAGCCUUGCUUGGGUGGAAACGCAAAUCUGUGUAGACCCAGUAUUCCACCCUCAUUACCAGCACUAUGUGCGCGAGGCUCGCAUCAAGGCAUAUGUUCAGCUGCUGCGCGCCUACCGAUCUCUCAGCUUGGAUAAUAUUGCUGACACGUUUGGUGUCACCAGGGAGUUCAUAGAAGAGGAGAUUUCUACUUUCACGGCGGCCGGCCGUCUUCAGUGUCGCAUCGACGCGGUGGCCGGCUGCGUGGUGACGGGCGCGGGGCGCGGCGCGGACGCGGACCGGUCGCAGCUGUACCAGGCGACGAUCCGCGAGGGCGAUUUACUCCUCAACCGGGUCAAGAAACUAGCGAGUGUAAUCAAUUUUUAAAAGUAAUGUACUAAUUUGAAUAUAAUUAAAUUGAAAAUUA